AUGAUUGGAUGGUUACGUGUAACCCUGGCGGCGGCUGGUUCUGGAAUUCUUGUUCUUGUAUUUGUCUUGAUCAUCAAGCGAUUCUGUUGUCGACAGAAAGGGCGUAAAGGUUCUGUACAGGCUAGUGGGGAUAGAGUUGAGAAUUUGCAGAAUGGAAUAGCCAGGCUUCAUCAAGUGAGUCUUCAUCAUGUUGAUGGGGAUGGAAGCAAGAAAACAAAUUAUUAUGUUUUUCGACGUGGGAUAUCUUCUGGAAAGCCUUUUUUCAGCUGGGGUGAUCACCCUUCCCUUGUCACUGAUGCUGUUGAGAAUGGAUGGUCAAGAUUUUCUUUCACAACUUUCACGUCAUCUCCCUCGGUUAAAUCUGCCAAGUCCCUUUUAGGCGUGUGUGCAACUGGUGAUCAUGAAAAUGAAAUUCCUGUUGAAAUCGGAUGGGAAAUUUGUGAAGGAUCAGCAGAUUUCAUGCAGAAAAUCAGAUUGAAUCCCGUGUUGAAGAAACUUAAUAACUCAAACAUUAAUUCUCCUACAGGGGCUAUAUCUGUUAUCAGAACAGCUUUACCUUUGCCAGGUCCACAUUUGGGGAAUUCAUCUUUCCCACAAGAAGCCUAUUUUGAGAUCACAAUUUUGUCUUCUACAGAAAACAGUCUGAAUCUUGAAGACAACAAAUCCGAAGACGAGAAGAUUAAGCUUAUUCACGAGGAUUUUAACGCGAAAAUUAGUCCGGAUUCUUUACCACAAGUUACAAGUACUAAUCAUAGUCAGCGCAAGAACAGAAAUGAAGAAUCGAAGAUUGCUAUAAAAGAUGGAAAAAAUGAAGCAAUUUUGCUAUCUGUUGGGCUAACAGGAGGAGGCCCUCUUCCUCUAAAAGUUCCAGGCAGCUAUCCAGGAUCAAUUGGUUUCAACUCCACUGGUUCUGUCUAUCUUGAUGGAAUUAAACUAGUAUUCGAAUCCGAAAACGAAGAUUGGGAAAGAGCAGACAGGGUGAUAGGCUGCGGGUACAAUCCAAGCCAGAAAAGAGUCUUCUUCACAGUUGAUUCACAACUUGUACAUGAAAUCCACUGCAAGUCUGAGGGAUUUGCCUUUCCACUUUAUCCAACAUUGGCAGCAAAUACAGAUAUUGUCGUUCUAGUUAAUCUUGGACAAAGCCUUUUCAAAUAUGCACCUGCAAAUCUACAAAGAACUGCAAAUCCAUGUUUCAUUGGCCCUAUGGCAAAUUCUCCUGCCCUGGGAUAUGAAGAUAGCAAGGAGCUUUUUUCUAUGGGACGAAUCGAUUCCUUGUACCUACAACGAAGUGCCACCAGAAGCAACAAUAAUACAGUAAAUAGUAUCAAAGCAAUGGAAUAUGAUCAGGAGUCUGAAGGGGAUUUGUUUGAAAUUGUCUUGGAUAGUACUGGAAGAUCACCAUACACUUAUCAAUAG